AUGGGAUCAUUGAAUGGGUUUAAGAUCACCGGAGGACCUUGGAAAUUUCCAGUUCUCCUGAUACUCUUUAUCCUGACGAACGCCAUACAGCAAGCAACAGCAAGGGAUGAGCCAACGCCGACGGAUACUACAGUCACAGCCGAUCGAAGAAGGUGUCCAUUUAUGCUGAUAACGCCGUCAUUUUUGGAAACUGAUUUUGGGAAACGGGCUGUAUUCAGUGGUAUUAAAGAAGCAAAACUGGAACACAGUCUUAAAGCGAAAUGGCAAGUAACACGAAAUGGAACAACAGAAACCAUUGAUGUUAACGACGACAAAUAUAAGGGAAGCCAACUCUUGCCAAAUCUCACAUUAAUCAUCAAUGAAGCUUCAUUCGAAGAUAAAGGCUUUUAUCAAUUUCAAGUGCUGAUUGAAGACGGCUGGUGUUCGAGCAACGGGGUGGAAAUCAGGAAAGUCAGAGGAAUUUUGCAGCAUGGUGAUGCUUGCAUACAAACGAGGGAAUGCAAUGAAACAAUGCAUUUAGUCUGUUCUGACAUCUACAAAAAAUGCGUUUGUAACAGCUUGUAUUACCCUCAUGGAAACAAAUGCUUUAAUCAGUCUUUUCUUGGGGCAGUUUUUACGCACAGUGAUGUUUCGACAACUUCUAUGGAAGUCAAUUGGAGGAACCCCUCUCAGGAUGCCCAUCUUGUACAGCGAUACAUCCUUGAAAUUUCUGAAACCAAUGGAUAUUUCACAGUAAACAAAUCCGUAGAUCGGCAGAAUCAAUAUCUUGUCAACUCCACUUUCGUCCAUGGACAUUUAUUCACUGUGUCAAUAACCUCUGUUGUUUUUCUUAACGAUGUCGGAAAAACGGUUUAUAUUAAAAAUGUAUUGCACCUCGUUGUAGAACCAUUAUCACCUGGUGCUAUUGACAACAUUGGAAGCUAUUUCCAUCCAGAGCACCUGCAUUUGAACUGGACAGUCCCUGCAAUGAAUACUUCCGUCGAUAGGUACCUAGUGACUAUAGAUAGAUAUUCUUAUAACUCUCCACAAAACUUUAUUGACUGGCCGAGGAGAUUGGAACCUGGAACAAAAUAUAAUGUUACAAUAAUAGCUGUAAGUUGGUGGAAUCGAAAAUAUGAAAAAAGAAGCGAUCCAUAUUACGAAGAAAUAACCACAAUCCGAACUCCAAGAGUUACUUUGCCUUACACUCCAUUCUACCGUGUACCAUACUUAUCGAAUCUCAGAGUCAACGCCUCCAUUCAGCAUCGAGCUGAUUUUCCACCUGUUCUUGAAGUGAAAUGGCAAAAGAUUCGCAUAGCGACAUGGAGGAAUACAGGUACAACAGAAGAUAUUGAUAUCACCCGCGGCCAUUUCAAAGGCAGUACUGUUGAUAAAAGAAAUCCACUUUUGCUUAUUAAUGGAGUUACUUUCGAAGAAGACAAUGCCAUUUAUUACCGAUGUUUAGCAAGAAAUGCAGAAGGAUGGGGAGCUAGUGUCAAUAGGACUCUGUAUGUGAUUGGAAGCUUGAAGUAUAAUGCACCUUGUAAUGAAAGCAGAGAAUGCCUAUAUCAAUCUAAUAUGCUUUGCCAGUCUGGCAAGUGUCGCUGCUCUUCCUCGCACUACCAACGGGACUCCAAAUGUUAUGAUAGAACAAACUUAAAAGCACACACACACAACCUUACCAGUUUCUUCUGUGAAUAUGGAGCUGGGUUUUCACUCCAGUGGAAAGAACCGCAUCAAGAUAAAGAUCUCGUUAGUGGAUAUAACAUUUCUUGGAGAGAACAAACCAUUACCAGUUACAAUAGAAUUUCUGACUUCAAAUAUGUUGGAAUGAACACCACAUUCAAAACACCCUGUUCAUUGAACUUUCAACCAGGGCGAUUGUACUGGACAACUGUCCGAACAUUAGCUGUUUUGAGGAAUCCGACAGAGGAGAUAUUUGAAGAUGAGUCUCCAAAGUCAAUAAUAAUUGAUCCUUUACAAGCUGGAAGAAUUAUUAAGUCACAGUGUAAUUUAUCACCCGAUGAACUAUAUUUGAAGUGGGAGAGAUCUUCGACAAGUUUUGUGAACCGUUACAAAGUGACAAUUGACAAUAAAACACAAUAUACCACUGGAUAUGAACCAGAAAUACGCUGGAAAUAUCUGCUGAUGCCCUUAGAAGAAUAUGAAGUCACGAUCAUUGCAGUCAGCUAUGGAUACACAACAAACUAUCCUACCUACGGCACCAAAGAGAGCGCUCCUUCUUUUAAUCCUAUCACAACCACUCGCUCCAAAUAUUCUGGAAAAGUAGAACUUUCAUAUGGAGAAAAAGAAUCAGACAACAUUUUGCAGAACAAAAAGACAAGUGAAGCUCUAAAAGCACCGAUGACUGUAUUUGUUGGAGAUGGAACUAAAGGCGGAUUCAACUCAGUAAUUAUUGGUUUUCAUGGCGUUAUAGGGUUGGGAGAAAAGUUUAGCAGUCCAAAUGCGCUAAAUCUACACUCCCCAAAUUUUAUUGGAAAAAGAAUAUUGUGUCCAUUUUCCUCUGAGCUAAAGUCGGAAAAAAUUGGAAAGGUGUACUAUAAAACAUAUUCAAGGCAACAAAAUAGAGCUGAUUUUGACGAAAUCUUUUUGGAGAAGGCAGACGGGAUUAUUAAGGCUUAUUUCAAGGAUUUUAAAAAUUUCAAAGCAAAUUGGCUCGUGAAAGUCACAUGGGAGAAUAUGACAGUGGUGGGAAUUGAAAAAAAGCAAAUAACUUUCCAAACUUUCCUUAUAUCUGAUGGAGAGAAUACCUUUGCUGUUUACAAUUAUGUAGAUGUAAAUUUACCCUACAAACAUGGCCUUAGGAUAUCAGUGGGAUAUCGUUUUGAUAACACCAUUGUGCAAAAGCGAACAUCCAACGAUAGAAGUGUGUUUCGAAUGUCAGACGUGCCUGGAAAUGGAAGGGGACGAGGUCUCUGGAUUUACAAACUCACUAAAGGGGUUCGUACACAAAAGGAAGCAGGGGAAUGCCGACUUUGGUAUAACUAUAACCGAGAUAAUAAAAUUGGCCAGAGGCUAUUAACCAAAAAUAUCGAAUGUCCCUGCAAUGCUCGUUUACUCCGGUUUGAUCCGCGCUUUGCCAUCAGCCGACUUGAUCUGAAGAAUCGGUUAUUAUGCUACGCCUCUGUAUUGGUCGAUAUCAACGCUGAAUGUUGUUUCAAGAUGUAUGCUGAUAUUGAACAUUUAGGACCACUACAAUUGUCAAAACCAUUAGCAGGAACCAUGUUAAACUUUAAUCCAUUCAUAGAUCAGAAUAAAUACUUCAAUAACGACACGCAUCCUAAAGAUGCUUGUUGCAGUACAGAACAAUGUGAUUUGUUUUACGAGGUUCGCCCGAUUCCAAAAUGCUAUAGCAAAUCACCUUUUGCUCCCGCUGGUACAUUUGGUGAUCCACAUUUCACAACCCUUGAUGGAAAACUCUAUACAUUUAACGGUUAUGGAGAAUACACACUGAUAAAAAUAGAUACAAGUACGACAACAUUUGAGCUCCAAUCACGCACAGAACUUGCCUCAUCUCAGAAUGGGGCGAAAUCUAACGCCACUGUGUUCAGUGCAUUUGUAGCGAAGGACCAAACUGGUACCAGUAUACAGGUUGAGAUGGCCCGCAACAAGAAACGUAUGAUCAUUAAAGCAAAUGGCAGAGAUCUCACUAAGCAGUUUGAAAACUCAAAUUACACCUUUUUGACAACAAAUAUUUCCAUUCGUUGGGACGACGGAAAAAUUUCUGCUUUAUUUCUCAAGCCCUUAAUAACUGUGAGGAUAAGCCUUGAAAAGAGUAUGUUGCUUAGCGAAACUCUUGUGAAUAAGCAAUACAAAGGUCUGACAUCCGGUUUGAUGGGAAACUUUGACGGCAACGAUAGCAACGAAUUUAUCCUGCCAAAUGGGACUGUGUUAGAUGAGAACGCAACUAAAACGGAGAGGGAUAUUUUUUUCAACUUUGGACAACAUUGGUCAGUGAAAGACACAUCUUUAUUCCAAUAUGAUGAUGGACUGACGUUCAGAGAUUUCUUCCAUCCUGAGUUCGUUCCUAUGUUUUUGGACGAAGUUGACGAAAGCCGUCUAAAUGAUGCCAAAGCUAAAUGUGGACUUAAUCCCUCGGCAUCAUGCAUUUCUGAUUAUUUGGCAACGGGGGACAUUGAGGUCGCUUUAUCAUCUGGAAAGUCAGAGGAAACAUCGGAUAAAAAUAUUGCUGAGCUAGAAAAUGAAUCACCGCAAAUAUCUGGAAACACCACAAUCAAUGCUCAUGUAAAUAAAACGGUACAGUUCAAAUUUGAAAUUUCUGAUGACGGAAAGACAGGUCCACGUUACGUUGUACUAAAACAACCCGACCAUUUUGUACUUGACAAUCAAACAGGGAUUGCAACAUGGACACCUAUAAAUGACGAAGUUUCCGAAAUCAGUAUACUUGCUGAGGAUGAUUUGGGUGUUCAGUCACCUGCGCUGGACGUCACCGUCAACUUGUGUAGUGGCUGCAGUAACCAUGGAAGCUGUGAUUUUGAUACUUUACCAUCAUCGGGGGAACCUCGUUUUUACAAAGUUAUUUGUGACUGCGAUCAAGGAUAUACUGGUGAUGAUUGUGAAAGUGAAGUUAAUGCCUGCCUCGAGAUUCCCUGUUCUUUGAACAGACAGUGCUCGGAUUUGAGUCCAGAGGAGGAGUCCGUAUUGGAGAGAGGCUACAAUUGUUCCGCCUGUCCCCCGGGCUACGACACGAGCGAUGACAGUUGUUCAGACGUAGACGAGUGUCUAUCGAAGGACAACAAUAACUGCAAUGCUACAGUUGAGACGUGUGAAAAUACGGAGGGUGGAUAUAUUUGUCGAUGUCUCUCAGGAUACAAAAAAUUUGAGGAUAAGUGCCUAGAUAUUGAUGAAUGUCUGACUGGAACAUCGCAAUGUGAACAGUUAUGCCAGAACACACCAGGCUCUUUCACGUGUAGCUGUUUCUUGGGUUACACCUUAAACUCGGACCAUCGUUCGUGUGUCAAAGCAGCUGAUUAUGACCCUUGUAAGGAUUUCCCCUCAAAAUGUGAGUACACCUGUAGUAACAAAACCGGAACAAUUCAAUGCGAUUGCCCGUUGGGAUACGAACUGGCUUUAAAUGGAAUCAAUUGCAAAGAUAUAAACGAAUGUGAACUUCCGACUUCACCGUGUGAGGAAGGCUGUGUCAAUACAGAAGGUUCAUUUAAUUGCACCUGUCAGCCUGGGUUUUAUCUAAGCCAAGAUAAAACAUCAUGCAAAGGAUGUGAACUUCCUAACUAUGGCAACAACUGCAGUAAGGUGUGCGAGUGCGGUCCCGGGGGAGACACGUGUGACGCCAUGAGUGGGUGUGUCUGUCUGUCAGGGUGGACGGGAGAGAAUUGUGACGAAGACAUUGAUGAAUGUACAUCAGAUCCAUUCAUAUGCGGCCCAAACCGGAUAUGCAAAAAUCUGGAGGGUUCCUACUUUUGCGACUGUGAAGUUGGUUUCCUAUCAGUGGGCGACAAAUGUGAAGAUAUUGAUGAAUGUUCUGAUAUAAGUUUAAAUGAUUGUCCAAAAUCAACCACAUUUUGUCGAAACGCGUAUGGCAGCUACGUAUGUGAAUGCCAGAAAGGUUUUCAAAUGAACAACGGGGCAUGUGAAGACAUAGACGAGUGUGAGACAGGCGUUCACCCUUGCUCUCAAAUGUGCAUCAACAUGGAUGGGGGCUACAAUUGUGCCUGUUACUAUGGAUUCACUCUACGAGAAGACCGAGAGACUUGUGAAAAAGUGAAGGAUACAUGCACUUUGUUCCCUGGUCUCAACUGUAGCUAUGGAUGUAGGAGAGACAGCCAUGACCCACGAUCUGGAAUUUGUUUCUGUGAAUUGGGAUACCAGCUUGAUAGCGACGGGAAAACUUGUAUUGACAUUAACGAAUGCCACAGCAAAAACAAAUGUCUCAACAACUGCACAAACACAGAGGGUUCAUUCAAAUGCGGAUGUGCAGUUGGAUACAAACUUAAGAAUGAUGGAAUAACUUGUGAACCGUGUGGCAAGUUUUUCUAUGGAGAAAACUGUGAAACCCCGUGCAAAUGUGGGCGUGGUUCCAAGACAUGUGACAAUAUAAAGGGGUGUGUCUGCAAGUCAGGGUGGACUGGGGAAUCUUGUGAGCAAGACGUGGACGAAUGCAAAUCUAAUCCCUGCCAUGGCCACCACAACGUUUGCGUAAACACCCCCGGAUCUUAUCGAUGUGAAUGCAUAUUGGGAUAUAGAAAAAUCAAUGGAUUCUGUAAAGAUGUUGAUGAAUGCCAAGACUCGAGUAUUUGUUCACAUAAAUGUAUUAACUCUGAGGGAAGUUACAAAUGUGAUUGUAACCAAGGAUUCAAACUUGAAAAUGAUAAGGACUGCGUAGACGUAAAUGAAUGCUUGGAUACCAAGUGUCAUGAUUGUGAGAACCUACCAGGCAGCUUCAAAUGUUUCUGCAAGAAAGGAUUUGUAAUCGAUCCAGCUACGCAGGAGUGCAACAAUAUUGACGAAUGCUCUGAUGGCAGCAAUACGUGUUUAUCCUAUGCCACAUGUACGGACACAAUUGGCAGCUAUACAUGCAAAUGUCCUGAGAAAGGGUUUAAAGGAGAUGGUCAUGAAUGCACAGUCUGCGAUGAUUUUACAUAUGGAGAGCAGUGUUCUAAAACAUGUGCAUGUAAUAACACAAAUGCACUUAAAUGCGAUGCCAUGUCGGGGAUGUGUACUUGUAAUCCGAAGUGGGAGGGGAAGGAUUGUUCAGUGGAUGUUGAUGAGUGUAAACGAGGAUCCAAGAGUUGUGAGUCAGAUCUUCAUGUUUGUGUAAACACUCCGGGUUCUGCUACGUGUGAGUGUCGUUACGGAGGAACAGACCUAAAUACGUGUGUCCAACCGAAAUUGGCCUACGUAACAAAUGAAACAGAAACUAAGGUGAAGGUGGAAGUCAGAUUUGACAUUAACGUUCAACGUCAGAAGUUUCUGAGUGAUUCGAUUACGAUUUUGGAGGAAUUUGAAAAACUGUUAAAUGCUUUCUACAAAGAAGAAAAUGUCGACGGAUUCCAUUUAGUGAAAGUGUUAUCUGUUCAGUUUGGAAGUCUGAUCAUUGACUAUGAAAUAAUAGGGAGCCUAAACAAAUCGGUCAACUUUACGACUGACCUCGCAAAAUGCAUGACAGAUCUUCUUCAUGGUAAAAUUAAACUUAUGGUGCUACAACAUAUUCCAACAAUACUGCAAAUGACUAUUAAAGACAAGUCUGGACUUCCACAAUACAGUAUCUCGCCGUUAGCAUCACCUUGUUUUGUGAUGCACAGUUUCGGAUAUUCGUGUUUAUCAGGCGAAAAAUGUAUCGACUCUUCUGGGUUAGCAGAGUGCGUCAAAGAUUCACAUUAUUCUCAAGACAAGGAUUCAUCGACGUUUUUGAUCGUUCUUGGAGUGAGUAUCCCAUUCUCCGUUGUUAUAAUAGCUUUAGUGGCCUGUUGGAUUUAUCAUCAUAAGACAGCAAAUCGUGCCCAAGUACUUGACUUAAAUGACCCCUAUAUUCGGAAAAUGAAAUUUCGGAGAGAAUAUUACCCACCAAAUUACCAUGAUGACAGCAAAGCAUAUGGCGCCUUCGUUGACCAAGUUCCAAACAAAGAAUGACAUGCAAGACGUGAUUCUCGAAACGAAACGAAGACUUUUAUUUAGAAAUUAGUCUGAACAAUCUUUUUUGUCUCUCUUCACUUUAGUUUUUAAAAGUAGAGAUAUAUAUAGUAUUAUUAAA